AUGGGCGCCAUCACCGAGGACGACCUGCGGAUGGUGGCAAGGGUCUAUGAGGAGCCAUAUGACCUGGCAGACCAGAAGGCGGUGCGGCGAGCCGCAAACAUCUCCUGGAUCUGCAGUUCUCCGCCCGGCGGCUUCCCACCCGACCUGCAGCUCAACCUGUCUUUGAUCUUCAGUCCCACCAGGCCCUUAGAUCCCGCCAUCUCCUACCAGCCCGUGCCCAUCCAGGUGAUGCCAACUUUGGACGCAGCGCAGACGCUGACUCCAGUGAUCAUGGCAGGAUCGUCCAACCUGACAGCCGACGUGAAGAUGGCAGGACGAGUCCCUGCCGGCGUGCAACCGCUCUGCCGGCUUGAAGGCUGCGAAGAGGUGGACUUCGUCAGCGGCCGGCUGGGAGCCUUCGGCUGGAUCCGCCAGGAGGAGGAGGGCUUGUUGUCUUGCCCUUUGCCUCAGGUGGCCCAAGUCUGGGCAGGGCUUUCGGGCCGCUCCACGUGCCACCUCCGCUUGUCGCUGAACGGCGGCGUGCACUGGUCUGAGCCUCCAAUUGCUCUGACCGUCUUGGCAGCCCCCAGCCUUUUCGACGCCAGCCCCGUGCGAGUGAGUGCGGACAUGUUCUGCGAGAAGUGCACGGUGGUGGAUCUGAUUGGCAGCCACUUCAACCACGCGCUGCAAAACGACACCACUACGCCUCGGUGUUGGUUGGGAGAGACGGAGGGCACCGUGGUGGCGGUGACCCACAACGUGACCACCUGCUCCUUCCACGGGGGCCCAGUGCGAAUCCGACCCGACCGCACGGCCGCCGACACGCGGGCGCUGGGCGGGGGCCUCUUCGGCGUGUCCAUCUCGGGGCCAGUGCUCAAGGACCCCGCGGCGCCCGCACCGCCGGUGCUCGUCUUUGUCAACGAUCCGCCGGUCAUCAACGAGGUAAUGCCUACGCUCAUGUACCAGGAGCAGGGUAGGCGCCUCUACGUCUACGGCGCCCACUUCCCUCGGGAGCCUGGCGGCGACUGCGUCUUCUUUGCAGAUGCGAACACCUCAGGGUUGGCAGAAGCGUUGGCGUACACUUGGCACAAGGCUUGGGAGCACUUUGGCAUGGUAAAUCAGCUGCGGGCCGAAGGGUACACCUGUCCUAAUGGCGCGAGCUACGCGCCGAACCCCACGCCCUUGAACUUCGACUGCCGCCUCUGGCGGGCGUCGAGGCUUCACUCGGAGGACAUGGCCAGCCAGAACUACUUCUCCCACACCUCCUUGGACGGCCGCUCUCCUUGGGAUCGAGCGGAAGAGCAGGGCAUCAGCGCCAACGGGGAGAACAUCGCUGCGGGCAGAAGUAGUGCAUCUGGGGCGCUGGAGCAAUGGAAGAACUCUGAUGGCCACUGCAAGAACAUGAUGAGCUCGAAACAUCACGUUUUUGCCGUCGGCUAUGCAUAUGAUUCGUCUGCAAGGUACAGGCACUAUUGGACACAGAUGUUGAAGCAUUCGGAUGUCUCGGACCUUGACACGUCCUGCUAUCCAGCGACAGCGACCAUAUCAACUACCUCGGAGACCACAACUAUGACUGAAAGCGCAACUACGACUCAAAGCGCAACUACGACUGGAAGUGAGAGCUCAACCUCAGCUACCACUAUGUCCACUACAACGACCUCUUCAGACACUUCGACCACUGGAAGCGCCACCCAGAGUUCAACAUCAGCUACCACCAGUUCCAUCACGGAAGCCAGUUCAGAGACCAGCAUGACCGCUACACAAACCACAGAGGCCCAGGUACAGGGCGAAAACACAAGUCAAGGCACUGUCACCAGCACAGCUGCCACGGGCACUUCGGUAACUUCGGUCGCAUCCAGCACCUCCCUUCAAGUCACUACCGCAGAAGUGGCGCGGUCGGACAUGACAACCACCACCACCACCCUGGCCUCGGUGACAGGCAAGUUGCUUCUGCAGGUCUCAGAUUCCGAGGCCUUUCUCGCCGCGGCCUCCCGGCUCCAAGGACCUCUGAUAGCCUUCCUGGCCGAGCUGCUCCGCGUGCCGGCGCGCCGCAUCAGCCUCUUCUUCCCAAGGGCCCGGCGCCUACGCGCCGCAGAGGCGCGGCGGCUGAGCCAGCUGGCGCUGGACUACGCGGUGGAGCUGGAGCGGGACAAUAUCUCGCAGGUGGCAGAACUGCUGGCCUUGGCGGAUCCAAAUGAAACCAGCCAUCUGCUGCAAGAGACUCUGGAGGUUUUGGAUCUGAAUCUGACAGUGGAAGUUGUGGAACUGGUGCUCACUUUGGAUCAGAAGGACCGCGAAGGCGGUCCACCCUUCGAUCCAACUUGGUGGCUGAUCGGUGCCCUUCUCGUCUUUGCUUGCCUGGCCGGGCUCCUUUGCCUGCGCCUGCGGCGAUCGCGGGGCGCGCCGAGGCCGGCGGAAGUGAAGUUCCCCACCAUCCUGAAGACCGGCAGCGCGACCAUGGCAUCCAGCAAGAGCGAGGUGGUGAUAACUCGCUUGUAG